GCCAUAAUCCAGAAGGUCCGUGGAAUGUCCGAUCGAUGAGCAGAUCUUGCAGCUGAAAGCUGCAUGUCCCUCUAGAAGUGGUGGGUUGUCUUGCGCCCCAAGUUUUGGACUAUGACGUAGGAUAUAAAUUUGGGAAUCAGGUCUCUCCUCAUAAGAGAGUGAACGAACGCCUUUUUUUACCACAGACACACCAUCAACGUUCUCUGAUACUGUUAUUCUUGAAAUUACAAUCAAAUACACGAAUACUCUUGAUACUUUGGAUUUCUAAGGAAGGAUAAAGCAAAUCGUCAUCAUGAGCGGAAAUUCUAGCGUUGGACAGGCGAGCGUGUAUGAAGCUAAGGACCAGCGGACCUCGUCGAGGAAGGAGGAGGAGGAGCAGAAGAGAUUUCAUGAGGGACAAAAGAAUGCUCAUAAACUUAAUGAUCCUUGUAUGUUUUCUUUUCUUUCUUUCCUUUCCCUCUCGGUUGAUAGUGGUGAUUGGAGUGUUGGGUAGAGGGUUUGAGGGAUGAAUCAAGAUGUGGAUGAUGUGCUGACGAUAUACACAGUGGACCAAAGAUCUCUCGCCAACAGAGCUAAAGACGAGGAACAGAGGGAGAAGGAGGAUACACCUGAGAGUGAAGAGGUUAAGGUUUUGAAGCAGGAUCCUACGCUUCCUGUGAGUUUCUAUUUCUCUUUUCCUAUGGUGGAGGGGUUGGUGCUAAUGAUGGUUGUAGGCUAAGUUGCAUGGCAAUAAACCUUCGAGGGGCGCGGAGAUUGAUGCGCAGCUUCAGGCUGAGGAGGAGGCUGAGUUGAAGAGGAAGGGGAAGGCGUAGGGAGGGUUUGAUGGUUGGGGAGUAUUUGGUGGAAGGUGGUUCUUGAGUGGGACUGGGAGUUGCGGAUGGCAGUCUGUUCUGGUGAUGAGAGAGAUGAGAUAGAUGCAGAUGAUUGUAUGAUAACAACGACCAAAAAGGUUUUCAAUCAGAAGAAGUGCUGUAAGUGAA